AUGAUUAAUAUACAUGAAAGAAAAUGUUUGACAGACAGAUAGAAGAUUUAGACUGAUCCAAUUUCAUUUUACAUCUGGCAUAUUAUCUUCGAAUAAAUAUAGAUAUUCGUCUCAUACAUUUUUCGAGCUGCUAAAUUAAUUUAGAUAAGCAAGGAGCAUAACACUUUAUUAGAUAAACUUCCUGAUCAACUAAAAAAAAUUAUUAAUUGGGAAGAUGACACAGAUAUAUAUUAAAAAGUAUGCAUUAAGAUAGAAGAAAUAUUGCAAAUUAAUUUUAAAGAGGAUAAGCAAUUUGCUAAUAAAAUUGAAGAAUUAAGAGAUAUUGUAAAAAAAGAAUAUGAAAAAUUCCAAAGCGUUAAUGCAUCUUUUUCUUUGCACUCUCGAGCUUAAUAAGUGGAUAAAUCAAAUUAAAUAAUAAACAUGAGUGAGAAUACAUUUCUUUAAGACAUAAGUUAUAUCUAAAAUUUGGAAAGAAAAUUGAAUUUCAAAGAGCAGAUUGUGAAACCAACCACAAUUUAUUAUUAGUAAUUUUCAAGAGUAUAAACAAAUAUACUAAAUAAAAUAAAUAAAAUAGCUUCCUUCAAAGAUGCCAGGUUUUAAAAGCUUGAAAAAAUUAGAUAAAUUGAAAGCACGAUUGAAUAAAAAUUAGAAUCAAUCCAUUCGAAAUUGAUCGAUUCAUCUUAUAAACUAAGACAAUUAAAUAACACUCAAUCUUAAAAGCACAUUUUAGUUAAGAAAUCAAUAAAUCCUGUUUAGAUUAACGAAAAACAUUCGUAGCGUCAACAUUUACAAUAAUUAAUAGCAACAAAAAUUUUUAGAAAUGCAAAGUAAAAUUAAACUCGAUUUAAAAUUAAUAUAAGUGCUAUGUAAUAGAGAAACUAAGCAUCCUUGAGACUAGAUUAAUAAAUAAAAUCAAAUUAAUUAUCUCAAGAAAGAAUAGAAAAAGCAAAAGUAAUCUAAAAUUAUUUUAGAAAAUAUCUACAAAAUAAAUAAAGCAUUAAGAUUAUAUCUAAAAAAUAACCAUCAUAAACUAAAAUUCACAAUUUACAGUUAAAUUUAAAAAGAAUUGGAAGUUAAUCCAAUCACACUUCACAUAGAACAGAAAGAUAGAAGUAAGGUCUUGUUAUGAUUACACAAUAAAACAUGCUUUCGUUUUUAUAAAGGCAAAAAUCUCUUAGUAAGCAUAGUUAUCAAGAAAAGCUUUAACUAGCAAAAUAAAAAAAAAUUUAGUAAGCCAUUCAAUCAAAUGAUAUCAAAAUUAUUUAAAACUCUGGAUUUAAUUUUGGUUUGGAUGAUUACAAUGCUAAAGAUGAAAUUUAAAAUACUCCUCUAUUUUAUUGUGCAAAACAUAAUCUCUAUGGAUUAUGCCAAUUUCUGUUGCAAAAUGGUGCAAACCCUAAUAUAAAGUGUUCUUAAGGACAAACUGCCACCCAUUAAGCCUGUGUAUCAAAAAACCCUAACCUAUUGAAUCUAUUUACAUAAUAUGGUAAUAAAACAACAAAAUUUAUAGGUGCUGAUUUUAAUAUGCCUGACGAUUAUGGAGUUACAGCUUAAGCAAUAAUUGAAUAAGAAAAGAUUUCUUCUAUGAUUAAUGAAAAGGAUUUAAAACUUAAUUCAUAUAAAGUCAGCUCACCAAAGUUUGAUGAAUUUUUAGUAAUGUGA